AUGUAUUCCGUUAUAUACCGGAUGAACAAACUUGCAAAUUUUAUCAGUAAAGAACGAGAUGAAUGCAAGCUGAAGGCCUCAAUAUGCGCUGGAAUAACUCACAAAAGCAACCCCUCUGUACAUGAGUCGUCUGAUCCGUGCCUUGAUCAUCCAUCGAAGCUUUCCUUUAAUGAAUACAAAAAAUUUCUUUCUCUCAUAGUUGAUGAUCUGAAGUUCAGUGGAGUGAAUUCGUAUAGCGGUUUUACUGAAAAAUACAGUGGAGUUAUUUACUUUCUAGUACAUAUGAAUACCCACAAUUUUCAGACGAAUUCGGAAUGUAUGGAGAGGAGAGAAAUGAACUUCAUUUGUGAUCAAGUGUUGGCAGAGAUACACAGACUCCUUUUGCAAGUCCAACAGUACUCAGGCAACCUUGACAGUUUUAGAAAGUUCAGAAGCCAAAUAUUCGACCUUUUGUUCGCAAGAAACGAAGAAAAACUUGUUUCUAAUUGUCUUUUAGAUACUGAAGACUUUCUUAAACGGUAUAUUUUUUUGGAUAACACGAACGUCACUCUUUAUGAAAUACACUCUCAGUGGAAAAAUUAUACGAAUGCUUUCAUUUGCCUUCUUGAUGAUUUUUACUCAUCAUCAGUCUCCGAUUUUGUGAAUUCUAUGGUAAUUUUCUUCAGGAAGUGGUCGGACAUCAUUCACUCAAAAGUACUACUAUCACAACUAUCUAUUCAAAAGCUAUUAAGUGCUGAUAAUGUUGGAAGGCUUUCUUUAAGUGAAUUACAAACCAUGAAUGAAAUUCUGAAAAUAUGGUCUAAUAUAUCAAACCAACUGAAAAAAAUUCAGCCAAAUCUUAUAACUCAACUAGAUUCUACCGAGACGGAUAUUCUCUGUGAGACAUUAUUCAGUGAUAAUUCAAGUGAACUGUUUGAUAAAAAACUUACGAGUUCAAAAAUUGAUGCUAGCAGAUUUUUUGAUCUUAGUUUUUUUGACUCCUUUUUGUUUUACAACCAAUCACAUGAAUACACUUUGGAUACAAGACGUCAUUCUUGCAACUCUCUUCAAUCUCAUAAACCCAAAAGUGCAUUAAAAAAGUCAAAUGAUACGUCGGUAAUCCCAGAAAAAGUGAAUAUGCCUCAAGAAACAGAAACAAUUUUAUGGGAACCAGUUUAUACAAUGAAUAAAUCUUUAAUGAAAUAUCUAAUUCAUUCAUUAUUACAAACUUUGCAAGAUUAUGCAAGUCAAUUACAAUUUGGAUGUAAUCCAACUGCAAUUGAUAUUUUAAAUAGUAGUAGAACAUAUUUAAAUCAAUGUGAAAAUAAUUUGAAUAUUGAAUAUUAUAACUGUUUAAAUAUGCUUUUACAAAGAUCAGUAUUCGCUACAUCAGUACAUGGACAGUUAUUUAAUCCAUCGGAUUUAUGUUUUAGUGAUUUUUGGUGUCAUAAAAACCAAAAUAUACUCGAUGAACAAUUUAAUCCUGGUUUUACAACACAAAAUAUGUUAUGUUCAUGGAACGGUGCUACUGGAACGGGAGCAGGUUUACCUAUACCUAAAAUUUAUAUUAGUAAGUCUUUACAAACUUUUAUCGCAUUCAACCUUGAAGUUCUUUUACCUAUGAUAUUGAAUUUAUUACAAGUUGACAUCAAUGAUCAACAGCCGAAAACUCAGUUAAGCAACCAAGAAAAUUCAAACAACAAUUUUCAGUUAUCUGAUGAUAAUUUAGAUGAAGAUAGUCUGAAAUUAUUAAUUUCUGAAGUGGUCAAUGUUUUACUUACUAUUUUAAAUGGAUAUGGAUUGAAUAAAUCAUCCAAUAUUGAUGUUAUUGACGACAAUUCUACCGCAGAAAUUAAUAAAAAUGAAAAUGAUACAAUGGAAUUUGUCGGACUAACUGCACAAUUAAGUACAAUUACAUUGUCAGUUGAUUGGAAUUUAAAUGGAAUUGAAAAAUUAGCUUUAUGCAUUUCAGAUUGUUUAAGUCUGCGAGCAUUUUGUAGUUUAUUGGCAUCAAUAUUUGAAAAAGAAGAUGUAUUCUCAGUUAAAUCAGUCAAAUUUAAUAGACAAGAUAAUGUGAAAGAACAUCCUCAACAAACGGAACUAGAAAUAGAAAUGGAACUAUUUUCCGUAUCAGGUCAUUUUAAUCCUGUCAGAAUAAUUAGUCUAUUAACUUCUUCGAAUUAUAAACUAAGUCUUUUAAUACUAGAAUCAUUGUAUGCUAAUCAAUCAACUGAUAGUUUGACAGACAAAAAGAAACUUGUAGCAAAUCAAUUAUUCAUCUCUAUACUACGUAUAUUGGAUGCAAUACCAGAAUAUGCAGAUUUUCUAGGCAAAGUUGUCGAUUUGGUUAUUAUCCCAGGAUUAGAAAAUUGUCAAUUAUUUAAUCGAACAUUAUUAAAUCAUGAAGAAUGGCCUUUAUGGUUUGAUACAUUCAUACAAUUAAUGCGUGAAUCACUUGAAAAUAUAUGGAUUCGUUUUAAAGAAUUAAAAAAUCAAAGAUUAGAAGAAGAUGAAUCUUUUCAAGAUUAUAAUUUAAUCGAUAAAUUAAAUGAAAAUCCAACAAAUAUAUUGAAUAAUUAUACACCGAAACGAAGAGUUUAUUGGGAUCAUUUAUUUCCAUCUGGUCAUAUGCCAUGUGGAUGUCUAUUACCGGAACCAUUUAAUUUUGCAAAUAUAAAACAAUUUCAAAAAUGUACAUCACCUACUACUGACAUCAAUUGUGAUAAUAAUAAUAAUAAUGAUAUGUUGACAAACAGAUCAUCAAUAAAACAUUCAUUGAAAAUCACUUCAAAAUUUAAUUUAGAAGAAGAAUUUGGCAAUUAUGCAAAUUAUUAUCAAAAAUUUGGAUGUAGUCAAGAGGCUUGGUUAGAAUUAGCUUAUGAUAUUAUACGUUUACCAGUAAUUCAUUGUUCAGCAGGUUUACAGUUAGCAUUAACUAAAAUUAAUGAUAUUUUCAAUGCAACAAUAGAAAAUCAAUCGGUAGAUGAUUCAAAACAAAUAAAUACUGAAAAUAACAACAAUUCAUUGUAUGGACAACAUUUUGCCACACACUUAGUAAUAUUAUUCUUAAAUUUUCGAAUACAUGAAGAGAUUAAAACAAAAUUGUUGAAUAAUGAAUACGAAAAUCAACAACAAUCGGCCAUUGAAAAAUUACAAUAUUUAAUAUUAUUAGAAUAUUUGAAAUCGUUAUUGAAUGUAAAUGACGAAAAUGAAGAAAUUUACGCCUGUAAAAAACGUGUGAAGUCAUUUUUAACUGAAAGGAAUAAUGAUGGAAAUGAUACUGAAUCAUUCAUACCAGGAAAUUCUGGUAGAAUUUUUAAAAAUAUACAAAAUCUACGAUUUGUACAACAUAAAGCUUUAUCUGAUCUAUUAUUUAUGCAUGAAUUUUUACAUACAAACACUACAUGGAUUAGUGAAUUGAUUCGUAAUACAAGACGACAAUGUGAUAAAACUUUAAUAAUGAAUACUCAUCAACCAUCUUUUCAAUUAAAUGAAUCAUUCCAUUCUAAUGUUUAUAUGAUGAAAUUAAUUGAUUCCAUUGAGGAAUUAAAUUGGGAAAAGAUCUAUUGUAUCAAUGUUGGUCUUCAAGAAUUAUAAACUGAUAAUCAAUUAGGCAACAACAAAAAAUAAACUCAUCAAAAAUUGAAAUGAUUUAUUUUAAUCGU